UUCGAGCGUUGGUGGCCCUUCACUAUGUUUUCAUGGGACAGGUGGAAAAAACCAAACCACCCCGACUACCACCACCACAAUUGCUAGAUUAACAAUCACAUUGUGAGAGUUGUCAGCACUGAGAACUGAAACGUGACUAUGAAGGGUUUCUGUGUUCUCUAUUGUUGCCUGCAGAAUCCCGCACCUCUGCUUUUGCACUGAGAGCCUUCAAUGUUGAACUAGCCCAGGCAGAUUAAAGACUCCAUAACACAGAAGACCAUAGGUUUGAUGCGAAUGCAGUUUUGGAGGAAAGCUGUGGAAGAUAUAUACUGUGAUAACCCACCACAUCAGCCAGUUGCUAUAGAACUGUGGAAGGCUAUCAAGAAACAUAACUUGACUAAAAGGUGGCUUCUGAAGAUUAUUGAUGAAAGAGAGAAAAAUUUGGAUGACAGACCAUAUCGCAGCAUCCAGGAACUUGAAACAUAUGCUGACAACACUCAUAGCGCUCUCUUGUAUCUCACCUUGGAAAUGCUGGGUGUGCGGGAUAUCCAUGCAGACCAUGCAGCCAGUCACAUUGGGAAAGCACAAGGCAUUGUCACCUGUUUAAGAGCAACUCCGUAUCAUAGUAAAAGACGAAAGGUCUUUCUUCCUAUGGACAUUUGUAUGUUGCAUGGAGUUUCGCAAGAAGAUUUCAUAAGAGCCAAUCAAGAGAGAAACGUGAGAGAUGUAAUUUACGACAUUGCCAGCCAGGCGCACGUUCAUCUAGAACAUGCUAGGUCUUUCAGUAAAAAUGUUCCUGUUAAAGCAUUUCCUGCCUUUCUCUAUACAGUUGCUUUAGAGGACUAUUUAUAUAAAAUACAGAAAGUAGAUUUCAACAUAUUCCAUCCAAGCUUACAUAAGAAGAGUACGUUACUACCAUUGUAUUUAUAUAUUAGAUCCUGGAAAAAAAAAUAUUAAAAAUAGACUUAACAUGUCAGACUGAGUACUGCUUUUUUUAAACUGAUAAUUUUAUAGAAAAUUUUGUUAAAUAAGCAAUUUUGUUAUGCUGUGAACUAUUCUUAAUUUGAAGUAACAUAUGAGCAUGACCUGUAAACUAAUAGCUUACUGAUCAUAAGAAAAGCUUGUUCUUGUCAGUAAAUUAGGCAGAUGUGAUUUGGCAGACACAUAGAUAUGAACUGUCUAAGGUUACUCUUGUAGUAAUUUUUUUGUAAUCACACUUGAAGCCAAAUUUUACUUCGGAUAAUCCUCCAUUAAUAUUAUUACGCUAUCUGCUAAAUGCUUUCCUGACAUAAAAGAAGACACGAUUCCUGCGCAAAAGAGCUUACAGUCUAUACUCUCGCAUUCAGCUAAGCAACGUUAUUUAGUAUUUUACAAAUUACACAUUACACAAAGCAACAUUUCUUGUGUAUGCCAUUAGUUUGACGGCACCACCACUGAAAUCCUUCUCGAUGCCUUCAUCUUGUCCCCAAGUCCUUGCUCUUCAGUCCCCACAUGGGCAGAAACCUGCUUCAGAGAUAUACUGGAUGUUCACACUUCCAACUCUCGAUGGAGUUCCUCCAUAUUUCAAUGGGAAUUGUUAGGUGCUCAGAAUCUCUAAAGAUAACCUAAAUGCUCAAUAUUUCUGAUACUUGUUUUCUUUCAUAAAAUUGUACUUCCUAAUGUCCAUUUGUUUGUUGUACAAAUCCUGUAGUUUCCUUUGCUGUCAUCCUUUUCCUGUUGCAUAGAUAUUUUGCAUUUAGAGGUUUUUCUUUCUUUCUUUUUUUUUUUUAAAUCAGGUUUAAUCUCCCCAGAUGCUUGGUUGCAUAACAAGAUCCUAUGUUUUUUAUUGCACAGUGCUGCAUAAUGAAUUUCUGAGAGCAUGAGCCUUAGCUUUUUCUGUCACAGUAUCUGUUACUCUGGAGGAAACUUUGGGAAUCCAAUAUUAAACAUUUAAAACUAUUCCAUU